AGCAGGUCUAGGGAAUAGAUACCCCCAAGCUAACGUUGCAAUGGCAGUGUCAGCCCCCUUGAGGAGCCUGGAGGAAGAGGUGACCUGCUCCAUCUGCCUGGAUUACCUGCGGGACCCGGUGACCAUCGACUGUGGCCAUGUCUUCUGCCGAAGCUGCACAAGCGAUAUCCGCCCUAUAUCGGGGAACCGCCCCGUCUGCCCGCUCUGCAAGAAGCCCUUUAAGAAGGAGAACAUCCGGCCCGUGUGGCAGCUAGCAAGUCUGGUAGAGAACAUUGAACGGCUGAAGGUGGACAAUGGCAGACAGCCAGGAGAGCUCACCCGAGAGCCACAGGACAUGAAGUUGUGUGAGCGGCACCAGGAGAAACUACACUACUACUGUGAAGAUGAUGGUAAACUGUUGUGUGUGAUGUGCAGGGAGUCCCGGGAGCACCGCCCCCACACUGCAGUCCUAGUGGAGAAAGCCGCCCUGCCUCACAGAGAGAAAAUUCUGAACCACUUGAACACCCUAAGGAGAGACAGAGACAAAAUUCAGGGCUUUCAAGCCAAGGGAGAAGCUGAUAUUCUGGCUGCACUGACAAAACUGCAGGAGCAGAGGCAGUACAUUGUGGCAGAAUUUAAGCAGGGCCACCAGUUUCUAAAGAAGCGGGAGCAGCACCUGCUAGACCAGCUGGCCACCCUGGAGCAGCUCCUCACCGAGGGCAGGGAGAAGUUCAAGACCCGGGGCGUCAGUGAGCUUGACCGGUUAACUCUGGUCAUCUCUGAGCUGGAGGGCAAGGCACGACAGCCAGCUGCAGAGCUGAUGCAGGACACCAAGGACUUUGCCAACAAGUACCCACGGAAGAAGUUCUGGAUUGGGAAAGCCAUCCCUCACAUGGUUAAAAGAAAGGCAGGAGAAUUCUCAGAUAAACUUCUUUCUCUGCAGCGAGGCCUGAGGCAGUUCCAGGGCAAGCUGCUGAGAGACUUGGAGUAUAAGACAGUAAGCGUCACCCUGGACCCACAGUCAGCCAGUGGAUACCUACAGCUUUCAGAGGACUGGAAGUGCGUGACCUAUACCGGCCAGUACCAGAGUGACUGCCUGCUCCCCCAGCAGUUUGACUGUGAGCCAGGAGUGUUGGGCAGUAAGGGCUUUACCUGGGGAAAAGUAUACUGGGAAGUAGAGUUGGAGAGAGAAGGCUGGUCGGAGGAUGAAGAAGAGGGGGAGGAGGAAGAAGAAGGGGAAGAGGAGGAAGAAGACGAGGAGGUUGGCUAUGGGGAUGGAUAUGAAGACUGGGAAACAGAUGAAGAAGACGAAUCACUGGGGGAAGAGGAAGAGGAGGAAGAGGAAGAAGAGGAGGAAGUUCAGGAAAGUUGCAUGGUCGGAGUGGCCAAAGACUCUGUGAAGAGGAAAGGGGACCUCUCCCUGCGGCCAGAGGAUGGUGUGUGGGCCCUUCGGCUCUCCCCCUCAGGUAUCUGGGCCAACACGAGCCCAGAGGCCCAGCUCUUCCCAGUGCUGCGGCCCCGGAGAGUGGGCAUUGCCCUGGAUUAUGAAGGGGGCACUGUGACAUUCACCAAUGCAGAGUCCCAGGAACUCAUCUAUACCUUCACGACCACCUUCACCCGGCGCCUGGUUCCCUUCCUGUGGCUCAAGUGGCCAGGAACACGCCUUCUGCUGAGACCCUGAACUCCAGAACCCACCUGGGUCACCCUACAGAAACUUUACUUCUCUGAGAUUCCAGGACUCUGAGAUGAAGAAAGAUUACCUGGAUCCCACACCCAUGGAAACUUCCCUCCUCUGGGAUCCCAAAACUAUGUAAUGGAGGAAGGUUCCUGGCCAGAGCACUAGGAGGAGGAGAGAGGGGGACAUCACAUCCAUUGCCACCCAUCUCCCCACUGCCAUUGGCCAAAGUCUCCAACACUGUCGCCCUAUUCAUAUAUCUUAUUCAGCUUCUCAUUUCCUCUGAGGUUUCCUGCUCUGAAGACCAAAUGACUCCCUCUUUCUUGAACACCCAUUUGUCUUGUCCCUGUGUUCUCUGUUGAGCAGGGCCUUGGCAGCAGCAUUUUCUGGUUCAGUUGUUAGCCAGUGCCCACAGGUAGACUUUCAAUCACAUCUGAAGCUGUUUUGCUGUCCUCAAAGUUGAGGUUCCCUUGCCCAAAACUACUCUGUUGCCUACCUUACCUGGCGUCUUAAAAUCAAUUUUCCUUAUCCCACAAGAUUUAAAUAUGCAAAGAUGCAAGAAUGGAUAUAGUCAAGACCCACUGAAGUUUCCAAGACCGUGUAAGUUUGUGUCCUGGAGUGCUGGUAGAAUCAUCUCCUAGCGUGGCUACCAAAGCUUCUAGCCUCAAACCCAGACCUUAGUAGGUAGGACUCCCCAGGGACAUCUGUGUCUCAGAAAGCAUCUAGGUACUAUGACUCAGAUAGUGACUGUGAUCAAUAAAUUACCUCUGCAAAGUAGUCCUUGUGAAGGGAGUUUUUAAAACUACCCGAGCAUCUUGCUCUUGACCAGGAGGUUAAGACCUCAUUGCUGACACUAUGGAGUGUCCAGAUUCACUUUCCUAGGAGAUGGAUUGGGGAAGGGGAGAGUGGGCCAUGAGGAAUCUAGAGAACCUCUGCCCUAGGUCUUACUAUGGAGAAAGGGCCUGCAGUAUUGCCCUGCUGACCCAGCUGGUGCCCAUAGUUGAACACGAGCCCCUGUUUAUCCUUAAACAUUCCAGAUUUCUUCUGCCUGUGCAAGUGUUAGCUCCUCUUGGCUCUUGACAGACUGUUCCCAGACACUGGAUCUUGGUGGCCUCAGAGUCACCACAGCGUCUCGAGACUGAACACUUCAUAUGCAUCACAUGCUGCCUGAGUCACUAGUACCUACACAGUGGCUCCCUCACCACUCUUUGUUUUAGAGUUAAUCAUCUUCUCUCCUUUCUCCUUUACAUCGUUUCCUGUGGUUUUAUUACUAAAUAAACUACACAUUCUUCUGAGUGGUCAGAAAUUUCAAGACAGUCAUCUGGUGCUGUCUCUAUUUUUAUCUUGAUGCCUACUGGAGUGAACUUGAACCUGAGCCAUUGAUUGAUCUCUUUGUGGACAGCUUUUAAAUUCCCUUUGGGCAUUAAACAACGGGUUCUGGAUCUUUUCCCUCUGAGGCCUGUAUCCGAGCUAGCCUAAGUCUCAUGUAGCUAAAGAUGACCUUAAGCUUCCUGUCUCUACCUUCUAAGGUCUGAGAUUUCAGGUAGGUACCACUAUGCCUGUUUGGUUUUGGUUUGGGGGGUUUGGAAUUUGUUUUGUUUUUCGAGACUUCUCUGUA